AUGAUUCUCUUACGAAAAUUUAUCGUGUUCCUGUGUUGUAUGAAAUUUGGGUUUAGUUUUAUUUUGAAACAUGAAGGGCUUUAUAAAUUGGACAUCAUACAUUUCAACGAUUUUCAUGCUAGAUUCGAAGAAACGUCGCCCGUUACUCCAAUUUGCCGCUUUAACAACGGCUCUUGCUUGGGUGGGUUCCCGCGUUUGUACACUGUGGUUACUGCCUUGAAAGACAAGAAGCCGCAGUCUAUUUUACUCAAUGCUGGUGACAGCUUCCAAGGCACCUACUGGUAUACUCUACUAAAGUGGAAUGUUACUCAAGAGUUUAUGAAUCUACUACCUCACGAUGCACAUGCAUUAGGUAACCACGAUUUUGAUGAUGGACCGAUUGGUUUAGCACCUUACAUCUCUGCUCUCAAAGCUCCUGUUGUAGCCGCAAAUAUGGACUCUACCAGAGAACCAGUAUUAAGAAAUCUCUACGAACCUUAUGUUAUUUUAGAAAGGGAAGGAAGAAGAAUUGGUGUUAUUGGUCUUAUUACUCCAGAUACUAAGACAUUAUCAUUUACGGGUAAUGUUGAGUUUAGUGAUCCAUCAGAAGCAACGCGGCGGGAAGCUAUUAAUUUGGCGGAGAAGGGAGUAGACAUAAUAGUGGUACUCUCACAUUGCGGAUACGAUGUUGAUGUCGCGUUGGCACGGGAACAUGGGCAAUAUAUUGACGUCAUAGUCGGCGGUCACUCGCACAGAGACGAAUCGUAUUUUACACCUUAUCUCACGGUAGUCGAAGCAGACCAUGACAAAAGCAAAAAGGUAAUCGUGGUACAAGCAUUCGCUUUCACAAAGGCAGUAGGCGACCUCUCAGUGUACUUCGAUGUCAAUGGGGACGUAGCGGAGUGGGUGGGGGAAGCAAUUUACUUGAAUAAUUCCAUACCGGAAGAUGAAGUAAUAAAGAAGAAAUUAGAACCAUACGCUGAGUUAGUACAUGCAGCUGAGAACACACCUAUUGGGAUGACAAAGUCGGCACUCGAUUACCGAGACUGCUUGCAUGGAGAGUGCACUGUCGGAGAUAUAUUGGUUGAUGCAUUAAAUCAUUGGGCAAAACAAUUUAUAAAGGGUAAACAUGGUUAUAUUUCCUUUGUGCAGCGGACUAAUAUUAAUGCAAUUGUGCCGGCAGGAUUAAUAACAAAAGGAUCGUUAAUCGAUCUAUUUCCGUACUACGAUUUCGUGGAAACAUUUGAAAUGAAGGGAAAACAUAUUUUGAAAGCUUUGGAAAGGAGCAUUAGUAAAUUAACCUCUAUUGUUCCUUUAGAAGCACCUUGGUUACUUCAAAUAUCAGGACUUCGCGUGGUAUAUAAUGUAUCAAAGCCCGAAGGAAAGAGGGUGGUAGAGGCGUAUGUUGGCAGUUCUGAUACAGAGCACCGACUGAAUAAGGAUGUAUACUACCAGGUCACUGCCCCCGCUUAUUUGGCGGACGGCGGCGAUGGGUAUUUGAUAUUUAAGAACAAAAAGCAAGACAUGAAAAUAAUUGGCCGUGAUCAAAUACUACUUGAAAAAUAUAUCAAGGAAUUUUCUCCUUUAAAUGCGAAACUUGAUGGAAGAAUAAAUAUAACCUAUUAA